AGUGAAGUAGUCAGCUGAGGACAAGCAUGCAGAACUGUGUUAUCAUAAUGACCUUUGCUACCAUUUCUCAACAGAGAUGCCUGUAAAUGUUUAGUGACCGAAAGGUUAUGUGACACUGGACUGUUGAGCACAAACUGUAACUCAUAUUAGUAAAAAUCGGGUAAUUGCAGCUAGCUGGAAGCCUCUCUGUACAUGGUAUAGUAUGGUAUCAAGGACAGGCUGUUGGUAAACAAACAGUCAAACAUCAGGAUGGGAAGAGCCUCUUACUUAGCUGUGAUUUUAAUCUGUUUGGUUUCCAGUGGCAGAAUAUCAGGUAAGUAGUGGAAACGUUGUUAUACUAAAUCUAUUAAUGGUGGUUCCACAUGAGACUUGAAAAAGGACUACAUAUGUUGCAGCUCAAGGUUCUUGGUUGGCAGUUGUGUUAUACGGUCACACCACACAUUUUUCUUUUUCUCCACUCUUUCACGUCAUUUCAAAUUUUUCUUACAGGACAGUCAUGUGAGGGAAAAUGUGGUGGCAAAUUAGAAUCCUGUUCUUGCCAUGCUACUUGUGCAUCCCUCAAAAACUGCUGUGCGGACUAUGGGGAGUACUGUGUCGAUGUCACUCCAUAUUCCGGAUCAAUAUUUGGUGGAACUGACUUUGUUGUCCUCAAAGCAACUUUUAAUGAGAGCUCCCAAAUCAUCUGCAGGUAGAUGCAAAUACUUAUUUCACGUCACUCACCUAACACAUUGCUGAGUUUUACAUUCUACGUUCUGUGAAUUUGUGGCUGGUAGAUACGCAUAUUAAAUUUACUGAAAACUGUCUUUAUAAUUGCAGGUUCAAAUAUGAAAUCACAACGGUGGGCUAUGUGGACACAGACAACAGAGGCCACUGCAUAUCACCUCUACUGUAUGAAACAGGGUUGGUUCCUCUUCAGAUCUCUACAGACAAUGGUACAACCUUCAGCAGACAUGGAGCUUGGUUAUCAGGUAGGGUGGGCCUGUGCAGCACUGAUAUAUGGCAGCUAUUUAUCACAAAAUCCCACCAGAUACACUUAUUUAAAAUAUGUCAACCAACCUUCCUUACCAAUUUGCAGUUUGUGCUUUUUAAUCUACAGUCCAUCCUGGAAAGUUAGAUCCUAGUUUCAAAGCUACUAUAGUCAACGCAACCCAGUGGCAGUACUAUGGCACCCCGAAAGUUGGAGGCCCGCUAGACAUGACAUGGAACACCUCACAGGUCAGAACAGAAAAGGUCAACAUAGAGCUUUGGGGAUACAUGGAGAAAGGUGAGUAACAGCUAAGUCCUUCCAGCACCUUACCAUUUGCACUCAAAUGCUGUCAGUGCAUCCCAAGGAUACUCACUGAUUUCUCAUGUCAUAGGGGAUCCCUACUCAGAGUCCUGGCAGGGUAAAUGGGAGUACCUGUACUCUCUAGGGAGGGACCUGCCUAACAGUGGUGCUUUUAGCUUUGUGCCCAAGACAGCACGGAAGCCUUUCUCAGACUGGGAGGUUGGCUGUCUACGCAUCAGCCCCAGUACUCACCCAGAUGGAACCUGGUAUGGCAAAAGACUCGACACACUCACAUGUAAACUGAUAACAAAAAUACCAUACAGCAUUUUUGCAGCACAAACCUACUAUACUUGGAGGACAUGUCCAGCAAAAUUAAGGCAGGUAUACAAUUUUAAAAACAUCACAAUACAUUCACAGAUUUCACAACACACUGUGUGCCCUCAGGCCCCUACUCCACCACUACCACAUAUCUACAAUACAAAAUCCAUGUGUACAUGUGUAUAGUGCGUAUGUUAUCGUGUGUGUGUAGGCAUGUGUUUGUGCCUAUGUUUGUGUUGCUUCACAGUCCCCGCUGUUCAAUAAGGUGUAUUUUUUAUCUGUUUUUUAAAUCUAAUUUUACUGCAUCAGUUACUUGAUGUGGAAUAGAGUUCCAUGUAGUCAUGGCUCUGUGUAGUAAUGUGCGCCUCCCAUAGUCUGUUCUGGACUUUGGGACUGUGAAGAGACCUCUGGUGGCAUGUCUUGUGGGGUAUACAUGGGUGUCCAAGCAUGUUGUUGUAACUGCCCUAGAUACCGAGUCAUAAACCACAUACAUGUUGUUGUAACUGCCCUAGCUACCAAGUCAUAAACCACAUGUAUGUUGUUGUAACUGCCCUAGCUACCAAGUCAUAAACCACAUGCAUGUUGGCUGAAAAUGAAGAAAAUAAAGUUAUUGUUCAACAUAAAGUUGAGCAGAUUAGUUGAGCAUGCUCCAUCAGUGUAAACAUACAUAGCCAUACAGAUAAACUGUCUCUGUGAUGUGAAUGUCCUAUAGGAAUGUCCAGGCAGUGUGGACUGGGGACCAUGCUCUAGCCUGGCAUCUGGAGGACAAGUUCAGGCAGGACUCAGCUGCCUGGGCACUGGAUAAGUGUAAAGCCUGGGACCAGCUGGAGGAGACACUGCCAGACUUCCUCUCUGAAAUCAUUGACUGUCCAUGCACACUGGCUCAGGCUAGAGCAGACACUGGAAGGUUUCAUGUAAGUCAAAGCAGUAAACUAUGGUAUAUAUGUAGGAUCUUAAUUUGAUCACCGCAUUGAAGGAGAACAGCGCCGGAAGAAGAUGGCUGCCGUUUUACAGCCCUCUAACCAAUUGUACUAUUAUGUGUGUUUUUCCGCGUUAUUUGUAAUUUAUUUUGUACAUAAUGUUUAUGCCAUCGUCUCUUAUAACCAAAGAGAGCUUCUGGAUAUCAGGACAGCGAUUACUCACCUCGCGUUGGACGAACACUUUUUCUUCAACGAGGCGUUCGCGAAGGAUAUUCUACAGACUCCGGACAAGGCCCAGAUCCCCGUCAUUCGCGUGAGGAAGAGACGGCGAUAUCGUGGACGUAGGUCGGGGUGCCUUGUAAGGAUCCGACGGCGAACGAGUAAACUGCCUCUCCCAUCAAUCCUAUUAGCCAACGUUCAAGCUUUGGAGAAUAAAAUGGACGAUUUAAGAUUACGGUUAUCCUACCAACGGGACAUUAAAAACUGUAAUAUCUUAUGUUUCACGGAGUCGUGGCUGAAUGACAACAAUGACAACAUUCAGCUAGCAGGCUAUACGCUACAUCGGCAGGACAGAACGGCAGACUCGGGUAAGACGAGGGGUGGCGGUCUCUGUAUUUUUGUAAACAACAGCUGGUGCACAAAAUCAAAUACUAAGGAAGUCUCAAGGUUUUGCUCGCCUGAGGUAGAGUAUCUUAUGAUAAGCUGUAGACCACACUAUUUACCAAGAGAGUUUUCAUCUAUACUUUUCAUAGCUGUCUAUUUACCACCACAAACCAAUGCUGGCAUUAAGAUUGCACUGAAUGAGUUGUACAAGGCCAUUAAUCAACAGGAAAACGCUCAUCCAGAUGCAGCGCUCCUAGUAGCAGGGGACUUUAAUGCAGGGAAACUUAAAUCCGUUCUACCUCAUUUCUACCAGCAUGUUAAAUGUGCAACCAGAGGGGAAAAAACUCUAGACCACCUUUACUCCACACACAGAGACGCAUACAAAGCUCUCCCUCGCCCUCCAUUUGGCAAAUCUGACCAUAACUCUAUCCUCCUGAUUCCUGCUUAUAAGAAAAAACUGAAGCAGGAAGCACCAGUGACUCGGCUAAUAAAAAAGUGGUCAGAUGACGCAGAUGCUAAGCUACAGGACUGUUUUGCUAGCACAGACUGGAACAUGUUCCGGGAUUCUUCAGACAGCAUUGAGGAGUACACCACAUCAGUCACUGGCUUCAUCAAUAAGUGCAUCGAUGAUGUCGUCCCCACAGUGACCGUACGUACAUACCCCAACCAGAAGCCAUGGAUUACAGGAAACAUCCGCACUGAGCUAAAGGGUAGAGCUGCCGCUUUCAAGGAACGGGACUCUAACCCGGACGCUUAUAAGAAAUCCCGCUAUGACCUCCGACGAACCAUCAAACAAGCAAAGAGUCAAUACAGGUCUAAGAUUGAAUCAUACUACACUGGCUCUGACGCUCGUCGGAUGUGGCAGGGCUUGAAAACUAUUACAGACUACAAAGGGAAGCACAGCCGCGAGCUGCCCAGUGACACAAGCCUACCAGACGAGCUAAACCACUUCUAUGCUCGCUUCGAGGCAAGCAACACUGAAGCAUGCAUGAGAGCACCAGCUGUUCCGGACGACUAUGUGAUCACGCUCUCCGUAGCCGAUGUGAGUAAGACUUUUAAGCAGGUCAACAUUCACAAGGCCGCAGGGCCAGACGGAUUACCAGGACGUGUACUCCGAGCAUGUGCUGACCAACUGGCAAGUGUCUUCACUGACAUUUUCAACAUGUCCCUGACUGAGUCUGUAAUACCAACAUGUUUCAAGCAGACCACCAUAGUCCCCGUGCCCAAGAACUCUAAGAUAACCUGCCUAAAUGACUACCGACCCGUGGCACUGACGUCUGUAGCCAUGAAGUGCUUUGAAAGACUGGUCAUGGCUCACAUCAACAGCAUAAUCCCAGAAACCCUAGACCCACUCCAAUUUGCAUACCGCCCCAACAGAUCCACAGAUGAUGCAAUCUCUAUCGCACUCCACACUGCCCUUUCCCACCUGGACAAGAGGAACACCUACGUGAGAAUGCUAUUCAUUGACUACAGCUCAGCAUUCAACACCAUAGUGCCCUCAAAACUCAUCACUAAGCUAAGGAUCCUGGGACUAAACACCUCCCUCUGCAACUGGAUCCUGGACUUCCUGACGGGCCGCCCCCAGGUGGUAAGGGUAGGUAACAACACAUCUGCCACACUGAUCCUCAACACGGGGGCCCCUCAGGGGUGCGUGCUCAGUCCCCUCCUGUACUCUCUGUUCACCCAUGACUGCAUGGCCAGGCACGACUCCAACACCAUCAUUAAGUUUGCCGACGACACAACAGUGGUAGGCCUGAUCACCGACAACGAUGAGACAGCCUAUAGGGAGGAGGUCAGAGAUCUGGCCGUGUGGUGCCAGGACAACAACCUCUCCUUCAACGUGACCAAGACAAAGGAGAUGAUUGUGGACUACAGGAAAAAAAAGAGGACUGAGCACGCCCCCAUUCUCAUCGACGGGGCUGUAGUGGAACAGGUUGAGAGCUUCAAGUUCCUUGGUGUCCACAUCACCAACGAACUAUCAUGGUCCAAACACACCAAGACAGUCGUGAAGAGGGCACGACAAAGCCUAUUCCCCCUCAGGAGACUAAAAAGAUUUGGCAUGGGUCCUCAGAUCCUCAAAAAAUUCUACAGCUGCACCAUCGAGAGCAUCCUGACUGGUUGCAUCACCGCCUGGUAUGGCAACUGCUUGGCCUCUGACCGCAAGGCACUACAGAGGGUAGUGCGUACGGCCCAGUACAUCACUGGGGCAAAGCUCCCUGCCAUCCAGGACCUCUAUACCAGGCGGUGUCAGAGGAAGGCCCUCAAAAUUGUCAAAGACUCCAGUCACCCUAGUCAUAGACUGUUCUCUCUGCUACCGCACGGCAAGCGGUACCGGAGUGCCAAGUCUAGGUCCAAAAGACUUCUCAACAGCUUCACCCCAAGCCAUAAGACUCCUGAACAGCUAAUCAUGGCUACCCGGACUAUUUGCACUGCCCCCCCACCCCAUCCUUUUUACGCUGCUGCUACUCUGUUAAGUAUUUAUGCAUAGUCACUUUAACUCUACCCACAUGUACAUAUUACCUCAACUACCUCAACUAGCCGGUGCCCCCGCACAUUGACUAUGCAACGGUACCCCCUGUAUAUAUAGCCUCCCUACUGUCACUUUAUUCUAUGUAUAUAUAGCCUCCCUACUGUCACUUAUUUUUACUUCUGCUCUUUUUUUCUCAACACUUUUUUGUUGUGUUUUAUUCUUACUUUUUGUUUAAAAUAAAUGCACUGUGGUUAAGGGCUGUAAGUAAGCAUUUCACUGUAAUGUCUGCACCUGUUGUAUUCGGCGCAUGUGACCAAUAAAAUUUGAUUUGAUUUGAUUUGAUUUGUAUUUGAGGUUAAAAAAGGCUUCUGAAGUUUGUAAUUUCCACUUUGAAAUUUCAGACUUGAUUUUCCCUUACAAAUAAUUUAUCAAGCCCUACAAAAAUGUCAAUUAAUUACAAUCCACAUAAUUCACAUUUCCUGUUGCUGCAGGAUUAUUUUCCUGCUGUAGCAAACUGGCACAAAUUAAGAUCCUACACCUGUACCUUGAUACGUAAAGGCUAAUAUGUUUGUGCUCCCAAAGGAUAAAAGUGCAGGCACAGCAUACAUACAGUAUUGCUUUACAUGUAUGAUAGAUACCAGUAAUAGAAAAGAGUAUGAUAGAGUUUGCUUUGUGCAUUUUAAUUGAUGCUUUCCAUUUCACCCUCAGACAGAUUAUGGGUGUGAUAUAGAGAAGGGGAGUGUGUGUACCUACCACCCAGGAAGUGUGCACUGUGUGCGGGCCAUACAAGCCAGGUAAGUCCCAUAACAAUCAAAUGACUUGUCAGUCAUUAAGAUGCCUCAAAGCCUAUAUGUAUCCUGUGUUUCAUAUUCACUGUUGACAGCCCCAAGUACGCAGCAGGACAGCAGUGUUGCUAUGACUACACGGGGGCCCAGGUUUUGACAGAUGACUCCAUUGGUGGGAGUACCCCAGACAGAGCCCAUGACUGGGGCUCACCCCCGUUUGUAAAGCCCCCCAGAGUCCCUGGGUUCUCCCACUGGAUCUAUGACGUCCUCAGCUUCUACUACUGCUGCCUGUGGUCUGACAACUGUCACUACUACUUCAAACGCAGACCCUCCAGUGACUGCAGGACCUACCAAGUACUAAAAGCAGGUGAGAAAAUGGCUCUGGUCUACAGUAUGACUGUCCGAUUAAUGAAAUUACAGCUGUCUGAACAUAAUAUUAUAAAAUGUAGAUCUGUUUGUCUGUUAUUUAUUAUCGUUUCAAUGUCAUAGAAUAAUUUAUAAUAAUGGUAGUGGAUUUUUCUAUCACUAGGUGUGGUGUUUGGAGACCCCCACUUCAUAACAUUUGAUGGCGUCAGUUACUCCUUCAAUGGAAAGGGGGAAUACACAAUUAUGGCAUCAGAAAGCAAGGAACUGACAAUACAGGGCAGAACAGAGCCGGUAAUACUGACAAAUGGUCAGUUUUUAAGAAAACCUACAGUUAGAAUGAAAGAGACAAGAAAUUCAGAGGAUCUCAGUUGACCUCAAAUUGUGGCUAGUUAUUAUUAUAUUGAUUAUUAUUCCCAAACAUGAAUUUCACAGGCAGCAUGGUGAAAGCAACAAAGCUGUCAGCGGUUGCCAUGAGAGAGGGGACCUCUGACAUCAUUGAGGUGCGACUAGGCAACCCUCAGGACCACCUACAGGUGCUGCAGAACCAAACAUCCCUCUCCUUCUCUGAGCAGAGCUGGAUGGAUCUGAAGGGUGAGACCUUUGACUUUUUUAAUUGACCUUUGGAUUCAUGGAAGAGCUAUUGUUUUUAUAAAAUAAUCAAUGCAGUGGAGAGAUAAUGCAGCAGAGAUAAGGCUGAGCUGGCUUGCUGGUGAAGAGAUAUAAGGGCUGUCUUUGCCCUUGUGAAAUAGCUAACAGAUAUUUACAACUGCUUUAAAGUCCUACCUUCCCUGCGUAAAGAGAAGGAUUCAACUUUCAUUUCAAGUUCAAAGGUUUGACAGCAGUAUUCACCAAUCUGCACUGAGCUGUAAAUGUGGAUGUAGAAUCUAGAAUGUCAACCAGAUAAGAUAAGAAAAAUGUGCAAUUCUAAGACAUGGAUCUAUCAUACUUGUUUUCCAGGUGUGUAUGUAUUUUCGCCCAACCCUACAAAUGUGACUGUCAUGUUCCCCUCUGGAGCUGGAGUGGAACUGAGACUGAGAGGGGGAACCAUGACAACCACAGUGCUUCUACCGGAGGCGUUUAAGGAUUUUACCCGUGGACUGUUAGGAAAGAUGAACGGUGACCCCAAAGAUGACCUGGUUACCAGUGAUGGUCAGACUGAAUCUGAUCAAGGCAAUGCAGAGGGUCUGUUUAAUUUCGGGGCAAGCUGUGAGUAAAUACAAAGUCUGCAUCUAAUUAAUAUCAUACAUGUUGUCCAGACAGAUUAUAGAGAUAUUGUUAAUCACUAAGGUUCAGUUCAGCUAAGGUUCAGUGUACUCAUAAUGCCAUUGCACACAGUUGUCAUGUGCACAACAAAUGCCCCUUGAAUAAUUGUUUAAUUCAGUAAAAAUAUGUUUUUACUUUAUUUUUUCCAGGGGCUAUAUUGAACGAGUCCACGCUCUUCACAUACGAUUCAGAACACUUGUUGAACUCAUAUCUCCAUGCUCCAAAACACGACGCCAGUUUCCGUCCAGUGUUUUCCAUCCCUGAGGAUCCAAAUGAUCCUCUCGGCAGCCAGGCCUCUGAGCUGUGCUCUGGAGAGGGCUUUCUGUACUGUAGGUACGACAAGCAUGGAUCAGAGGCAUCUACCAUCCUCUCUUAUCACAUACACUGAGACACUAUACUUUUUUUAUAGCUAAAGAGACAAUGUUCUAUUCUGUUUCAGCGCUUUGAAAUAUCUCAUCAUAAUUGCAUUGUAGGUAUGAUACCCUGAUGGCUCGUAGUCUGGAGAUGGGCAAUGCCACCAGGGUAUCUUUUCAGAGCCACAUGUCUGUAGUGGAGGAUCUAGAGCCAGGUAAGUAAUCUACUGUAUAACAAAAUAAGGAACAAUUAACAUAAGCACAUUUGUACCGUUAGUCCUAGAAUUAAUAUAGCAGAAAAUGAAGCCUAUCUUAUCUCAUUGUCUUCAGUGGUGUCCUGUGGCUGGCUUUCUCCACCCACAAAUGGAAAGAAGGAGGGGACCAGAUAUUUACAGGGAGCUGUGGUGAAGCUGUCCUGCGAUUCCGGCUAUGUCCUCAGGGGGUCAGAGGAGCACACAUGCCAGGGGACUGGCCAAUGGUCUGGUGAAACUACGACCUGCGUGACUGGUAUGGACCAUCGCUGAAAUCAACAGCAAAAUGAUAUGCUACUGGUAUGAAUCAUCGCUGAAAUCAACAGCAACAUGAUAUAUGCUAUUGGUAUGUAUGAAAUACCAGUACGAAAAAGUAUGAAAAUGUAUGGACUCACUACUGGAAGUCACUCUGGAUAAGAGCGUCUGCUAAAUUACAAAAAUGUAAAUGUCAAAAUGUAUGAAUCAAUGCUGAAAUCAACAGCAAAAUGCUCUAUAAUUCUGGUACAAAUUAUCAAUAAAAUCAACAGCAAAAUGCUCUGUGCUACUAUGCUAUUCCCUGUUACGUUACUGCAAAAUGAACUCAGUAUUGGAUGAGGAUCAAUAUCAUGGGCAUAUUGCUAGUGGGGUCACAUCAACUUGAUCAUCAGUAGUUUUUUAUGUACGGCCUGUCCUGUCUUCUUUUGAUUUCCCCAAAGUAUUACAAAUAAUAACUUCACCACUGAUCCAUGUGCUUUGUUUAAAACCCUUUUACGAUCACUCCACCAAUACCUUUGACAUGAGUUGACGGGGACAGAUAUAGGGGCAUAUUGCCAUGGCAAUGGGACCAGACUGUGAAUUUGAAUCAUUACAUACAAUAUCAUUGCCAAAUAAUUUAAAUAUUCAUAGCAUAGGCUACUGAAGGAUGCUGUAGCCACUAUAGUGUUAUUUACAGUACGUGAGCCCCCCCAUCAUGAAUAACAUAGGGGUGAAAUUGAGUAUCUGAAAAUCAAAGGUUUGCAUUCUCCUUUUUGACUGUGGACAAGCUGAUGAUGGCUCCUCCUUUACUCAAAAAGGGAAGCAUUUCAAAGCCUUCACAACUCUCUCAACAAAAUGAUUUAUCUUCCCCUCUAAAGCCACACUUCUAUUACAGUACAUGCUCUUUGUUUUGCAGAUCAUCUCAUGGGAAUUGUGGUUGGCUCAGUUAUUGGAGCACUAGCAUUAAUCCUAAUGAUAGUAACCCUCAUAAUCAACAGCAGGCAACAUAAAAGGUAGGGUAUAGUGAUCUUCAGUGCCUUACAUUUUCCUUUACACACUUCCUCUGAAAAAUACACAUUUUACACUAUACAUGUACCUUCUAGCAGUUACACAUCUGUUUUCUUAUUUUUCUGUUCAGAGAAACUGCAGCGUCUGCUGUGUCGGAUGAUGGACAAGAUCAGAUCAGUGUGGUUUUCUAAUAGACAUUCUGCAGGAUCCAGACAUAUCUCUUUACAGCCACUUCUACAGUACAUAGAAUAGUUGGUUUAAGAAUAGUUGCAAACAUAUACAUUUGUUCUACUGCUGACAGUGAAAGUAGAGUUAAUUGCACCAUAAUGCAUCUAGUUCUAUGGUAAAACACAAUACCUGUUGAUUUAAAACAGUACUGUACCUAAUGACAUGUAUAUAUCCGCACUUCUAACUCUGUAAUGCAAAAAUGUGAAUGUAUGGCAUGUAAUAUUAAUAUCAGCGAUGAAAUUCAUGAUAUCUCUUCCACUACCAUACUAAUAAAUGGUAUCACUGUACACUCACGGUACUGAUUGAGUCAGA